CUCUCAUCUUUCGCCAUCACGUCUCCACCACAGUUAGAUCUAUCACACAAUUAUUAUGGGAGACCUAUCACUUGACCCCUCACGUUUGCAAGAAAGGCUACAGGCUGAGUUUUGUCCACCAUUAGACACGACUAUAGUAUUAGCCUUAAUAUCGGAUCAUAUUACUGGAGAGAAGCCGACCGAGACAAUCCUCAAGACGCUUCGCGAAGAGCUUUCCGUACUCGCUGCAAGCGCUACGGUCGACCAGGACGAUCUAGCUAAUACCCUGAAUGAGGUGUACUUAUUCGCACCAUCCGCUUCCACUGAAGAUAGCCGCGAUGCAGACAGCGUAUUUUCUCAAAGGGUUUUUGAGACGAACUCAAGUUCAGGAUCCUCUAUGACUCAACCUCGCGAGGGAGCGCAAAUGACCUAUCCACGAACCGCUCUCGAUUUCCUCCGUGCAUCCUUUCCGCACAUGCCCUUGGAGACACUUAGGACGUAUCUCGAUGUCUCUGAUGCGGAUAUGGAGCAAAUUGUUGAGGAGCUGCUUAGUAAGGAAUUCAUAAGAGAGUUGGAAGAGGGUGGCUUAGAUGAUGAAGCUCUGGAUGAGGAGUUGGAAAAAUGGACAGUAGUCUCCAAGAAACCGAAAGGAGCAGCUCGUUCAACAACUGUGAAUAAGAAGCGCAAACCAAGAAGGAAGACUAUCGCGAUAAAUGAUGUUCGCCAGAAGCAGCAUGCUCGUCCUGAGUCACAGUUUCGUUCCACGAGCGAUCCAUGGAACCAGCUUGCCUCUAUGUCUUCAUAUCUGGAAACGUUACUGCUACAUCCUGCCUCAUUCUUUCAGUCAUAUUUCCACAAGCCAGAAUACCCAAGCCCUUGUAUAGCACUCCGAGCUGCUCUGGACGCCAUAGCUCAUCAAUCGACGACGAAGACCAGUUCCGCUGAUGUCGAACAAGACAGAACGACCGCAUUGUUCAACCUAUUAGAACUCGUCCGUGACCAUCCGGACUUCGACUUUGAUAAUCUAGACUCGGAAACUCGGGCCCAACUUUGCUCCGAUGCGGAGCUUUCACUGUCCGCAGCGUCAGGUUCUCCCGACGUUGCGUUCGACGUAUUGGUUCUCUUGCAUGAUUUAGAGGUGGACAAUGAGAGGAUGCAGGAGAUGGGAGUUUAUCAUUCUCCUGCAUCACCUUUGACUAAUACUCCAGUGUCUUCUCCCGGCGUCAAUUUGCAAAGUUGUAAUAGCAAAGCAGUAGCGUGGACAGCUACAUCGCCCGCCUCCCCUCUACCAUCCGGCUCAUCCGUACCAAUAUCAGCCACUCUAUCAUCGUCGAAUGUUUCGGAUCAGCGUCCUUCGCCGGCUCCCAGCGAGUCAUCUUGGCAGGUAGUCACUCCCGCACGACGGAAACCACCCGCUAUACAUCCUCUCGCAGCACACAUACCAGCAUACAACCCACAUAACGUCCCACGACGGAAAAAAGCUCGUUCAAUACAUUCAUCCCUCACAAAUCCAAAUUCCCCUACUUCUCCGACUAGCAACACUACGAAACGUUGGAAGCCCGGUCCUAGAAGCCGUGGAGAUGCCACAAUGGGUGGAUAUAGAUCUCGCAUUGAAGCAUGUAACGCCCGUCGUGACGACGCUUUGCGUACUGCGAGCCGGCAUUGGUCGAGAGGAGGGGCGAGAGGACACGGUGGGGAGGUUGCGUUCUUUUAUGCUCAGGAGGCGCAACGACAUCAGGCUGAAGCACAGCAGUUGAGGCUUGAUGCUUUGCGGGAGCUCAUAGAUGGAAGGAGGUUCGCUUCAACCGACUCAGACACCAUCGACGUGCAUUAUUGUACGACAAACGAAGCGCUCUCGAUUGUACGUGAGGUGCUAGAGGAAGGAUGGGUUUCUUCUGCUCGUCCUUUACAUGUUGUUACUGGGCGCGGUAAUCACUCUACGGGUGGAGUUGCCGUGCUUGGUCCUGCUGUGAAGAAGGCUCUGGAACAAGACGACUGGGCCGUUGGGAAAUGGGACGGAGGUAUCACCGUCCGCGGACGUAUUAGAUGAUAUUUAGACGUUAUGAGGACUCGGACGUCUUGUGUAUCAAUAGCGUCAUGUAUUUCUAGUUAAUAAUAGACCUAAUGGUAGACUCUUC